AUGUCUCUGACAGUGAAACGACGCUUGGGCGUAAUUUCAGCGCAACUCUUCAAGGCUCGUAUGACUCGCCCCUUCGGGUCAUCCUCUGUUCCGAAUCCACUGCCAGCGACUUUCCUCCGCGGUGGGACAUCGAAAGGAAUUUUCCUGAACAAGGCCCAUCUGCCAUCUGAGCGCGCUAAGUGGGACCCCAUCUUUCUCGGAAUAAUGGGUUCUCCGGAUCCAGAACAUGGCAGACAGCUGAAUGGCAUGGGAGGAGGUGUCUCCAGCCUCUCGAAGAUAUGCGUUGUCGCGGAGGCGACGCCUGAACAGAAAGCCCAGGACAUUGACGUCGAGUACACGUUUGUCCAGGUUGGCAUACGCGAUAGCAGCAUCGACUACUCUGGAAACUGCGGUAAUCUUUCCAGUAUGAUCGGCGCGUACGCCCUCGACGAAGGUCUGUGUUCUAUUUCCCGAGGUAGACGACAUGCGACGGUCAGGUCUUUCAAUACCAACACACAGAAGAUCAUCGAUACUACCUUCCCUGUUUCAGAGACCGGCGUACCGUCGCUAAACAUCCCAGAGGCGACCGUGGCAGGAGUGCCGGGAAAAACAUCCCAAAUCAUCUUGGACUUCGUCAACCCAGGUGGUGCACGAACUGGGAAGCUCUUGCCUACAGGAAAUGCCGUGGACCAGCUCGAAAUCGCCGUCCCGUCCUUGACCCGAACCAUCAAAGUGUCUCUGGUCGACACGACAAACCCGACAGUCUUCGUCGACUUGAACGAGCUGAACGAUUUCCUGCCUGUGGAGGGGUAUAUUCAAAACAAGAGCGACGCCCUGCAAGAAGUUGGGUCCGUACUGGAGAUUAUUCGACAAGAAGGAGCGAGACGGAUGGGUCUUGACCCAUCGGCGCAAGCACAACCGAAGAUCGCCAUGCUUAGUGCGCCAGCUAACACGGUCGACUCCAACAUCGUAAUCCACGCUCUUUCGAUGGGCGUACUUCACAAGGCGGUUCCGAUGACGGUGGGUCUCUGUCUCGGCGUCGCAUCGAAGGUACAGGGAACCAUUCCUUGGGCCAUUGUGCAGGCGUCGAAGACUUCAGAUACAGACCUCGUCAGGAUACGCCAUCCAGGAGGAUUGGUUGAUGUUGGUGCUGAAUUUGGAGAGGAUGGCCAGGUGAAAAGCGCGAAAGUGGUGCGGACUGGAAGGUUCCUCAUGAAGGGGCAUGUAUUUUGGUGA